AUGUUGGCCGACUUUUGUGAGGAAAGAAAGCUAUUUCUUGCUAACUCGUUCUUCAAAAAGAGACUUGACGAUCGGUGGACAUGGCGAAAUGAUGCCUUGGGACUGAAGAAAGAGAUUGAUUAUGUAUUGUUGAGAAGUAUGAAGGGCGUUGUCGAUGUAGGAGUGCUCACUAGUGUUAACACGGGGAGUGAUCACCGCAUGUUAAGAUGUAAAAUGCGUCUGAAUCCGAUCUCACAACCAGUAAGAAGACCAAGAGGAUUCCCCGUUAUCGACAGCGACUUAUUGUGUUCAACCGCUCAAUGUUUACUACAUGAAAAUAUGAUGACUGGCGAUACAAUCAAAGAUUAUGAUACCAUUACUCGCGUCAUAACAACAGCUACUCAGAUGUCCACAAGGUAUGAAUAUCUCCCACCACGUCUAUCACCAAGGACCCGGGAUCUCCUCCAGAGACGACGAGAGCUACGUCACGGAGAUAAUGGGAGGGGAAUCGUGGAGUAUGCUGAGAUUUGCAAGCUAGCCCGAAAAUCUAUCCAAGAAGAUUUGCGACAACGUCAUAUUCAAAUAUUAUCCGUGCAAAGCCUCGAAGUCCGAGACGCCUUCAGACACGACCCCUCCCCAUCAGAUGAACCUUUUCCUGAUCACGUGUCGCAGUCAGUGAAAGCAGUGAGAAAUUUUUAUAACGCACUGUACCACUCCUCCUUCGGCCCACCCACUCCACCAUCAGGCCAAAUAAAUCUGCAGGUCUACAAUAAUGAAGUGCAAAUGGCAAUGAAGAGAAGCAAAGCACGUUCAGCUGCUGGUUCCGAUGGCAUUCAAUCCCCUUCUCUUCGUGCUCUUUCACAAAUACUCGCCUUACCCAUAACACAUUUUUCAACACAUGAUAAGGACAAGGAGAACUUGAUAAUGGCCAUACAACUGCUGUAUGCACACAGUACCGCUGCCGUCAGAAUAGCGAACCAACUAGCAGAGUUCAAUCUGCAGCGGGGUGUAAGACAAGGAGACUCAAUGUCUCCAGUUCUCUUCACAUUAGUUCUCCAGUACGCUGUAAUCUGA